AUGGCGGCCGAUUCAACGCAGACACCACCGGUCCCACUGCCUCCAACCAUCCCAACCUUCAAGCUCGUCUUAGUUGGAGAUGGGGGCACCGGGAAAACUACUUUUGUCAAGCGUCAUCUCACCGGCGAAUUUGAAAAGAAAUAUAUCGCUACCUUAGGAGUCGAAGUUCAUCCGUUGUCUUUUUCAACCAAUUUCGGAACGAUCGUCUUCAAUGUUUGGGACACUGCGGGCCAAGAGAAAUUUGGGGGUCUUCGGGAUGGCUAUUACAUUCAAGGGCAAUGCGGCAUCAUCAUGUUCGAUGUGACUUCUCGCAUAACCUACAAAAAUGUCCCAAAUUGGCAUCGCGAUCUGGAACGUGUCUGCGAGAAUAUCCCUAUUGUCCUUUGCGGCAAUAAAGUAGACGUUAAAGAUAGAAAAGUGAAAACAGGAGCGAUUACAUUCCACCGGAAGAAGAACCUGCAGUACUUCGAAAUUUCAGCGAAGUCUAACUACAACUUUGAAAAGCCUUUCUUGUGGCUUGCCAGAAAGCUAGUAGGGAACCCCGCCCUCGACUUCGUUGCUGCCCCGGCUCUCGCCCCGCCCGAGAUCGUCGUUGACGCUGGACUGAUGAAGCAGUAUGAGGCUGAUUUAGCAACGGCUGCCGCAGCACCGCUCCCUGAAGAAGAUGAAGAUUUGUAACAUCUGUGCCGGCCUUAGCUAUGCAGCGACUCUCUUUCCUUUUUACCAUUGAUUUCAAGCAUUCUCGAUCAAUCCACAUGAAAUAAAUGUCAAUUCCCGUGAUCCCUUGGGAUCUAGACGUUCAGUCUAAUGGCUGAUAUACUGAAAAACAAACGAGAUAUCGGUACCCCCACACUCUGCACGAAGCAAGUCAUCAUGAUUAUUUUUCAGUUCGUCAUUGCGAAAAUGGUUC